AUGAGUGAUAUCGUUAAGUUCGACUCCAGUGAUGAUGAAUUUGUUGCACAAAAAGCACGAAAAAGGAAAAAUAAACAUAUAAAAAUGAAGGCCAAAAGAAGACGUGUACAAAUUGAAGACGACAGUGACAGCAGUGAUGGUGACAAAAGUGUUAGUGGUGAUGGUGAUAGUGGUGAUAACAGUAACGAUAGUGGCCAUGAGGAAGACGAGGCGAACGGGAAGGAAAGAAAGUCCAAGCGAGGGGUCCGCAAGAUGAUGAGCAAAAGCAAGCUGCAAAAAGAUACGAUUGACGCGGAGUUAGCUGAAAAAGAGAGAAGAAAACGUUUGGAAGCAAAGCAAAAGGAGUUUAAUGGAAUCGAAUUGGCGAAUGAACCGGAUUUAGCCACUGCACUAAACGCUUCACCGUACGGCCCAAAACAGCAGCGUUUGAAAAGCGUUGUGCUUGAUCCGGACAAGAACGGAAAUCCGCCUUGUCCAGUGAGCGUUCAUCCCUCACUGGUCAGUUGCCUGAAACCACACCAAGCUAAGGGCAUUCAGUUUUUGUACGACAGUGCUAUCGAAUCACUGGAUCGAUUGGACGAACCUGGCGGUGGUGGCAUCCUGGCGCACUGUAUGGGUCUUGGCAAAACUCUGCAGUGGGAAAACCCAUCCAUCUAUGGUUUACCGUUCCGUUUUGGUUAUGGAUUGUUACCGAUUUGCUUAGCAUGCUGA